AUGGUCGUCGUCGACGGCCCUUCGACAUCGGAUCUUCCAGAGGUUCGCAUUUUCGUGGGCGACUCAUCUGGUCGUAUCAAGACUUUAUACACAAAAAGCAAAGUUUAUGAAUCUUUGACUAUUCCUGGCUGUCGAUAUGGCUCAGCAGCAGCAUGCCAAGCACUUGUUUGUGGUACACUGAAUCUAGAUGAACCUGUGUGUGUGCUUGCGAUUGCACGAAAGAACGGCACGCUGGAUAUUGUAAAAGUUCCUCACCCAGAGGGAGAUAAACGAAGCGAGUGCACCUUGCUCUGCACCAUUCGCGAAGAACGAAUGCGCGUGGGGUUGGAAAGAUGGGUUGGUUUGCGCUUGACGCCUGAGGGCCUAUUUUCUUGUACAUCCGGAGGAUUCUUCCGCUAUGUUCCUUUACAAAAGUGCUGUGAAGGCGUCACACUUAAUGAAGUUUCAGACGAGAUUAUCGAACAAAGUGCGUGCAAGUGGACCGUCCCAAGUCCCUUGCACUUUGUGGCGUUUUAUCCAGAAAAUGAGUCUUGUGUUACACACUUUGCUUCGGGUGGCGAACAAGUGCUGUUAUCAAUUUGGGACAUCAAGCAAACUCUUGAUCAUUACAGCACUCCCGAAUCAAGUGCAAUCCCAUCCAAAAAUUGUGUCACAGAAUCGAAGGUCGAGUCUGCGCAAGAAAAUACUGGAAAGAAACGCGGAUCUUCUCACAAGUCGAGUAAAGGACAAGAACUUUUGCCAGGAGAAAUAUGGCGCGCGAAAAACCUACCAAAUGACCAUUUGUCACUGGCGCGCCCACCAUUGAUUCGAUGUAUUAGCUUUCUUCCACGUUCAAGUAAUACCCAUGAUGGAAACAAUCCGCUAAUAAACAUGAGAGUGAUUGUCGGAACAAAGGAUGGAGUAUUGCGUGUAUACGAGCCGGUCGUAAAGCCUCGACAUGUUCACGAAUGGCAAGUGGUACCAAAGAACCAAGGUUCAAUACGUGUAAUUCGAGUUUGCCCGUCUGAGAGAGCAAUCUUUGUGGGAGAUACAUCGCGGCAUUUGUAUAUGGUCGACAUUCAGACUGGUCGCACCCUGUUCCAAUACAAAGACAUUACAGGCACUGUGUCGGACGUGUUGACUCUAAACGACGUACCACGAGACCGGACACUUGUGAUUGGUUCUUCUUUGGAUCACCUUAUUCGUGUAUUUGAUACAGGAAAGUCUCACGGCUCGACGCAACGCCAGCGUGGAAAAUUGCUGGAUCAAUACUUUACGGGCGUGGAUCAUGCUAUAUGCAUGGCGUUAGACCCUCAUUAUAAUUUGGACAUGGCAUCACCUGAGCAUGAAGACGAUGAAAAAGUAUGGGCGAAUAUGACUGUGGUAGGCAAAGACGAUCCCGACUCCGAUACAGACGAGGCGAGUGCCAAACGUUCUGAAAAGCGGCACCGCAUCUCCAUAGAAACGAGAGAUCCAUAG